CUGAAAAUAAUCCGUAGGAACCGUCAAUGAUGUAAACUGGUUUUCCUCCAUCUUAACUGUUGACUUAUUUGAAUAUAUUAACAUUCAUUCUGAUGCCAAAAGUAUUGAGACACACUGGGAACACACAGCGAGCCGUGUGAUUAGAGCACACACAGUACAGAGCUGGCACAAAGACGGAUGGACGCUGCUACAGGAAGCCUGAGCUAACAGUUGAGUCUGAUCUUAUCAGUCUGUGAAGAUGCCAGCCGGUGUGUCUUGGACUCGAUACGCCAGGUUCCUAGGAGCCAGUGUUCUAGCCAUGUUUGCUGGAGCACAGGCUGUCCACAUGUACUACCUGCCUGAUCUGAGUAUACCGGAAAUCCCACCAAAGCCUGGGGAGCUCAGGACCGAACUACAAGGCUACAGACUCAGAGAAGAAGCUGCUGCAGCCUUACAGCAGAUGAAAACAAAGAAAAAUGUGGACUAAUGUUCAACUAUACUUCAAUUACAGUGUGAUGGACUCUCAGGAGAGCAAUGUUCAGUUUUUGCUGACAGCUAAAGGCUUCAGUGUACCUGGGAGUAGAGUCAUUUCGGGGAUGUCUGCAUAUGAUUCUUUUCUAUGUUCAGUGGCUCCUCUUAAUGGAGCUAACAGGAGCAGAAUAAUUUGCUACAUCACAGUUGGCUGUCUGAGAUAAGGAUGUUUUCUGGAGCUGAAGUGUUCUUCAUGCAACUCUUCAUUCUUUUUGUGUUUGCAGUUGUUGGAGUGAUGGAGUAUGUAAAUGAGCAGUGAUUUCCAAUGAGCAGAUAAAUGUAUUUUAAAUAAAAAUAUCAAACUACAA